AUGCUACAAGUUAAACAUAAACGCUUUUGUCGCAGAAUGGCCAGCCCACCGAACGAGAAAGGCAUCAUGAAUGCCAUGAAGUCCAUGAAGACCAUCGCCGGCAAAGACAGUUUCAAAGACGGAUUGACCCCCAAGACCAUGGCUUUUCCUUCUCCGCCCAGAGACCUCGUCGGUACGAUGGAAUCAACAAAAAAGACCAGGCCAAAUUUUAGUACCAAGAAGAACAAAAAGACGCCCCCUCCCAAUGUUACCGGCACGAGACCGAAAAAGAAAUCGAGUCUUCCGCCACCGCCACCGCCGGCUGCCACGGCUACACCAUCGUUACCACCACCACCUCUGACCAAACCAGACACCAACUCGCAGUUAUUCGGGACUCUUCUUAACUCGCUCAAGACGGGCCCCGUCAGCCAAAUGAACUCGGUGAGGCCAAGCAAGACGGGCAAGACGGGCAAGACGAAAAAAAAGAUCACGCAAGGCAGCAAGAAUCAAAAGAAAACGAAAGGGUACGCCUCCUCCUCGUCCUCCUCGUCCAUGUCGUCGGUGUCAACCUCUUCUUCGAGGCCCUCGUCGACUUCAUCUGCGUCAUCAGAACCUUCUUCUUGCAGCGACACAUUGUCAUUGGCAUCCUCAGGGAGCUGCUCCUCAGGGGGGAAAUCAGGAAAACUGAAAAUUGAAAAGAAAAAACGAAAGGAAGAGCUUCUUCACGAGAAAGUCGAAAUGCUCACGCGCAUAGCAAACCUGUCGAAAAAUGGAUUCACGACCACCAAGCAAUGGGACGUCAAGGACGACAUAGACGAGGUUCGGUACGAGUGCUAUCGUAUGCAGAGGGAAAGCAACUCCAAAAAGUCCAUCAAGAUCAUGCGGCGAGUCCUGGUGACCAUCACCACGCUUGUCGAAACUGGCAACGCGUACUUUAAUCCGUUCAACUUGCGACUGGACGGGUUUUCCGAGAGCAUGAUGCUAAACCUGGACGACUACGACGACUGCUUUGAACAGAUACACCACAAGUACUCGGGGCGGUCUUCUGUCGGACCAGAAAUGCAGAUUCUCUUCACCUUCAUGUCGGCAGCUAUAUUCCACCACGCCGGUAACGCCAUCGGCCAGAAAAGAGACGGGGCGACCAACAAGAAAAGGUCGACAGCUAAUCCGAUGUCGUCUGUCAUGAGCAUGAUGGGGAUGAUCAACGCCAACGGCGCGUCACGAGUCAACAGCUACCCUAUGCCUCGUUCUACACCGCCUCCGCAGACCUCAACCGGUUCCGAAUCGCUUGACGCCAGUGCUGGUUCUGACGGUGGUAAACCCAAGAGGAAAACCAUGCGAGGCCCGGGGGCAUCAAUGAUGCCCGAUUCGAUCUUGGGUGCCGGCAACAGCAACAAGCAAACCACUCCGUCGAUGACCCUUCCCGUCUAA